AUGCGCGCCAGUACAAGCCAUUUCUUACGCUCAGUGACAUUUUCGAAUCCGCCGUCACGCUCAGCAGCCCACGGCCGCCGAACACCAUCUGCGUCAAUUUCAAAGAUUUCCUCAACCUCGAGUCCCUGCUGUGGGAUGAUUUCCUCGAAGAACGGUGCCACUUUCGCACGACCAGGCAUCCACAAACAGUCGGCCGCCAGGAUGCGUGUAUAG